UACGUCACAACCAGGCGAAGCUCGUUGGGUUAAAGUUUAGGCCAGUGUGAAGAAGUGUUGGGGAAAUGAUACCGUCUGCGCGAAUAAUUUUUGAAACGCCUUUGAUGGAUGCUCUAUAGUUCUUACUGGCAGUUGUUGAAAGUUAUCGAGGAUAUCAAAAAACCAAGCUUCUGAAAGAAUGAAUGGCGUAGCAAAAAGAAACUCCAACCAUGGAAGCAACUCAUCAGUACUUGAAAUGCAAGACAUGGCACUCCAUGUCUAUGGCAAAAGUCUUGUCAGUGAUGAUGAAAAUUGGUAUCUUCCAUUUAAUCCAUUGCCUGGUGAAAUACAUGAGCGCACAUACAGCUCUAAAGAAAACUUCAUUGUUCUGACCAACUACAGAUUAAUUAUCUGCUUGUCUGAUACAUUUCUCAAUAUACCAAUUCGUAAUAUAGAAUAUGUUGAGAUAAGGGACCUGUUGGAGCUGACUGUUUAUACUAAGGAUGGAACUGUUGGAAGGUUGAGUUUUGAUACACCAGAAGCAUCUACGAAGUGGUGGCAAUUUCUAACAACAGCCUCAGCAACCCCAGGAAAAGUUAAUGACCUUUUUGCCUUCAUGUUUCACACCUACUUAAAGAAGUCACAAAGUGGAUCAUUAUCUUUGAAUCAAAAUGGUUUGUUUGAUGCAAGUGUGUUUAUAUCUGAGCUCAAGAGACUUGAAUUUGACACCAGAAGUAUCUGGAGAAUUUCAGAGAUUAAUUCUAAGUUUGAGAUUUGUCCUAGCUACCCCAAAUUUCAUAUUGUUCCUGCAUGGACAAGUGAUAAGGACCUCAUGGAAAGCUCAAAAUUUAGAUCCAUUGGACGUUUUCCAUCUGUGGUGUGGAGGGAUGUAAAAAAUGGAGCAGUAUUGGCAAGAGCUAGUCAGCCUGAAGUUGGGUUGUUUGGAUGGAGAUGCAGUGAAGAUGAAAAGCUCUUAUCAUCAGUUGCUAGGUCUGCGUUGCUAAAUAGCUGGACACAUGUGCCCAUUGAGCCUGGUAAGACAAUGAAGCCAUUGUUAGUUAUUGAUGCAAGGUCAUAUACAGCAGCAUUUGCAAACAGAGCUAAAGGUGGUGGAUUUGAAUACCAGGAAUAUUAUGCUGAUUGUCAAAUUCAGUUUAUGAGUUUGACAAAUAUCCAUGGGAUUCGCAAAAGUUUUCAGAGUUUAAGAACUCUUUGUCAACAAGGACAAGAUCAGACCAACUGGAUGUCAUCAUUAGAGGCAACCAAAUGGCUCCACUAUUUGUCAGUCCUAUUUAGAUCAGCCACAUUGAUUGUUAAUGCCAUCAGAAAUGAAGGACAGUCUGUUUUGGUUCAUUGCUCAGAUGGUUGGGAUAGAACUGCACAACUUGUUUCACUUGCUAAACUCUUAAUGGAUCCAUUUUAUCGAACCAUAAAGGGUUUCCAAACUCUUAUUGAGCGUGAAUGGCUUGACUUUGGACAUAAGUUUGGUGAUCGAUGUGGCCAUUCUAUUGAAAGAGAUGUGAAUGAACGGAGCCCUGUUUUUUUACAAUGGCUUGAUUGUGUACAUCAGCUUGUGAAGCAAUUUCCUACUGCUUUUGAGUUCAAUGAGCACUUAUUGGUUAAGCUGGCAUUACAUACUUACAGCUGUCUAUAUGGGACUUUUCUGUGCAACAAUGCUCGAGAGAGACAAGAGAUUAAAUUGAAACAGAAUACAUCACAGAUUUGGGAACUGUUUAAGGCAUCAAAGAAUGACUACAAAAACUUUCUAUACAUACAUAAGCAGAGAGUUUUGUACCCAAAUUACCAAAUUCGGCAUUUGGUACUUUGGGAAAAGGUUUAUUUACCGAAAACUCCGAAAUUCGCUGAUGUUGUUGAAUACGAAGAGGAUUUGGCCAAUUUGGCCAUGGAGAACAACGAAUCUGGAUACCUACCUGAUGAUCAUGACAUAGGACUUUCAUGUACGAAAGCAGAUGUUGCAGCAGAAAAAAAGGACAUUAACAAAAAUGGUUUUUGUGGAGAGAUGCAUCAAAAUGAUCCUGUAGAUUGCAAUGGGCAUGUAAAUAGUGAGAAAGAUAAUGUCAAAAAUAAGGUCAAAAAAAUAUUCAAUGAUUUGGCAAAUGGUGAUGAUAUUUGUUGUUGUAAAGGAGAUCAAAAUGGUUUUAAUGAUAAAGCGGAAUUGGUUAGUGAAUGUAUUAACUGUAAUGAAAAUGGAUUUUUAGAUAAGGGUAAUGAUUCUAAUGAAGGACUACUAAGUAGCAGUGAAAAGAACAAUUGUACUGAUGGUUGUGGGGAAAGUAGUGAAAUGAAGCAGGAUGAUGUUGGAGAAUGUUGCGAUGAUUCUUUAUACACGAGUACAACAAGCAGUACAAAGACUAUAACUUUUAAUACUGAAGGCGAAACAAUUCUUUCAGAUGAUAAAAAUAAAACAGAAGAGAACUCUAAUUCAGAGCCUACAACACCAAAAAGUGGAAAAUUUAUAGGGCAUCGUAGAACUCACAGUUCUGAUGGCUCACCAGUUAAAAAUGUAAUCAAAACUGUUUCAUAUUCGGAGGGAAUGACCUCUUCAGCAUAUUACUCUCAAGAAAUUCCUGAACAGGUCCCAAUUAAAUCAUUGCAAAAUCCUUCAGAAAAUGUGAAUUUGAUUAGCAAGUUGCUGUCAAUUGAUGGACUAAUUAAAUCAGAGGAUGCAUUGCAACAAAGAUUGCAAGAAAUUAACUUAGAACAUAGUGCAGAAGUGCGAAAAUGGCAUAGAAGAUUUGAAUCAGAAAGAAAAGCAAGGCUGCAUAUGGCUAGUAGAAGAGAAGAUGUACAAUCAACUUCUUCAUCAAGAAAAACCAGUGAAAACUGUGAUGAUGUGGCUGUCCUUUCAGAUUCAGCAAGUGUUGAAACUCAGUCACUGUCCAGUAUUAGCAAUGAAGAAAGCUGGGAGAGAGUCCAGAUGGAAGAAACACUGGCCACACGUUGGGUCCCUGACCACAUAGUGAAUAUUUGCACAGAAUGCAAUCAACAAUUCAAUUUAGUUGUUAGAAAACACCAUUGCAGAAAAUGUGGAAGAAUAUUUUGUGGUGCUUGUGCAAAUCAGUAUAUGCCAUUACCCGAUGAGCAACUGUAUGAACCUGUGAGAGUAUGCAGUCAGUGUUUUGAACAGCAUUACACAGCCUAAAUUUUUAUUGUAGAUCAUAAUUCACUAAAACUGUAGUUGCUAA